AUGAAGAAAAUGGCGCGCGCAUCAAUUGCCUCUCGGCCAUCAACUCCUGUGGCGCGGUGGCGUGCGACCUGUGCGCGUUGGCGGGCGGGGCAUUGUUUGUUUUGCGGUUUACUUGGGGCCGCUUGCAGUUCCUACGCACUUGGGGGGCACUACUGGUCUCCAGGCCGGCCGCGUGGCCGAUCGCGUUCUCGUUCAUGUUUAUCUAUGCGAACUGGCGACGCCCGGCAAGCACGGCGCCGCUCUCCGACGGUGGCGGCCCGCAAUACUAGCACCACUGGCAGAAGAACCAGACAGGCAGCCCGGCGCCUGCCAGAGUUCCUGUUGCGAAACGCGUAG